ACUAUGAUCCCUAUACCAUUUUCAGGGUUUCAUACAUCUAUCUAUAUCCUAUUCAUUCGAUUACUAAUUAGUAAUAUACGUACUUCUGUAAUAAUAUAUGAUGUAAAAAUAAGUCGUAAGUAAUUUAUAAGUAAUAAUAAGCAGUCUCAAAGUAUUCCCUGACGAGUCACCCUUGCCCCCUCCUAUAAAUUUUAACCCUACAUCCGAGAUCAGAGUGAGUUCGCGGCAAUCGGUAUAAUGACCACGUAAAGAUGUGUCGUUUGCGAGCAAACAGAUCUUAUUGAACGGGUCACACUUUUGAACGAACCUUGUGAUCGUAAAAAUAUAAAGUCGUUAAUUCAUUUAAUUUCGUUUUGUUCGCAUAUAGACUGUUGUUACAGCGUAGUUAUCAUUUCAAUAACAUUUUACAAAUCGCGUAAUUCAGUUAUGAUUUUAUCACGAAAUAGAUUGAAUGCGUUUCAUUUGCAUUCCAAAAUCAAAAUAAAAUUAAUUCUGUUCGUUUAAGCGUACGAAAUUUUACGGAACGAAUGAAAACGAUUGAUCCAAUAGAUCUUUGUCCGGUUCUAUGUAGUAGUUAUUAUGUUUUAGUUCCAUGAAAAUAACGAUAUGAACCAAACAUGUUUUGAAUGACCGUUCCGAACAAAUCCAAACGAACGGAAUCGAUCAAAUGACUCGUUUUGUCCCAACAUACCGCGCUUAGCGAACGGCGUGCGUACGAGCAGACAAAAACGUCGACAAGCGGACAGAAGGGAACGAGGGGACGCUCGCGGCCAUCGAUGCGUUCUAUUUAUAUCGGGGGAAACGGUUAACCGACGACUCGUCGGUCCAGUCGUGCCGGAUGGCGCGCGAUAAUUAUACCGGCGGAGGAAGAGAUAGUAAAUGCGUCCAUCCCGAGAACCGGACGUACGCGAAUCCGUGAACUCCCCCGGACGACGGGAACGCGUCUCUAACGUCUGGACGACCGACGGCAAGAAAUAAUACGAAAUCCCGACAGUGACGGUACACGCGCGCGAGAGUGGCACCUCUGUAAGGUGUACGGAUUUCCGCGGCGAUUCGCUCCAUUUUCGGCCGUCCACCCGCCUCCGGCCUACCGCGCUCGUUUCCGCUACGGGGGCCCACCAGUCAUUUUGCGCCUCGUCGUUCCGACAUCGCACCGUGUACCAAGUCGAAUCCAAAAUGGCUACUAUUGCCCAAUAGUGUGAAACGUUAUUAACCGUUAAAAGUUAUAAUAAUAUAUCGUCGCUUCUCCGAGAACUCGCAAACGUACAAUUACACAAGCAAAAGCUCACACGCGUACGUAAGCUCACGAACUGCACUAAGAGACCGCGGCCCUGUGCCACCAUUUCCCAGCCUUACAGGUUUAUCGUCACUUGUUUCCUUUUAUUUAUCCGCCGUUGGAAUGGCUCCGAAAAGAAAAGCAGCACCGAAGACCAAAGUUGCUGCCGAGCCCGAAACGCUACCGGACCUGUCCGGCAUCACGAUCAGGCGAACCUUGAAGAACGAUGAUACAAAGAAAGAUGAAGAAUCAGAAUUAUCUAUUGAAAAUUUGAAUUCUACUGUAUUAAUUGAAAAAAUGAAAGAUUUUUCAAAUCCUGCUGAAAUAAUUGAAUCAGAUAAUUCUGGUAAUCAAUUGAUGGAAGAGGAGCCUAAAAAAAUAUCAGUAAAAAAGACAGCUAUCAAAGGAAAAUCCAAGCUCUCUAAAGAUGUAAAGGAAGAUGUGAGGAUUUUAAGAGGCCGAACUAGAGCAUCUAGUGUUGAUAGACAACCUAUUUUUACAGCUUUAGAAAAAAAAACUGUGGGUAAAAGUAGAAAAAGACGUGUUGAUAAAGAUAUAUCUCCGGAUGCAUCUGAUAUGUCAAAACCUAUAGUAUCCAAUAAAGUAACUAAAAGAAACCGUAGAGCAGCUAGUGUUGACAUAUUGUCAACAGAAAUUUCAAAAACAUCUGAAGAUACUAUUGUAACUAAAGAUAGACAACAGACAAACAAAAAAAAUGUUGUUAAAGAAAUUGAAUCGAAAUCGCCAGACACUUCAGAGCAUAAAGAAUUUGAUAACAAAUCUAAAAAAAAAAUUAAAAAAAAUGAUGAAAAAAAACAGUUAUUAACUCAAGAAAAUAAUGCUAAUUCACACGAUGCGUUACCACAGGAAACUAAACCCAAACGAAAUGCUAAAAAAGAUCAAAUUGACAAACAAGAGCAAAAUAAUAAAGAACUGACUACAAAAAAAACUGGUAGAAACCGUAAAGCUCCGAAGGUCAAACAGAUUGAUGAUUUAGAAAAAGAACUUAUCUUACAAAAACAAAAUUCACCAACUGAAGAAGCGAUUAGAAAUAAUAAUUCAGAUGAUAGUGAAAUAUUACUUGAUUCUCCAGAACAAAAUUGUUUAGAGCCAAUUACCAAGAAAUCAAGUAAAACCCAAAAAGCUUCAAAAGUAAAACAGAUUGAUGAAGUAAAUAGAGAAUUAAUCAUAAAAAAACAAAAGUCUCCACCUAAAGAGGAAUUGAUCUUAAAAAAACAAAAAUCACCACCCAAGGAGGAAUUAAUCAUAAAAAAACAAAAGUCACCACCCAAAGAGGAAUUAAUCUUAAAAAAACCAAACUCAUCACCUAAUGAGGAAUCCAUUAAAAAUAUUAAUUCAGGUGAUUCUGAUGUUAUACUUGAAACACCUGAAAUCAAGCCGAAAAAAGGGGUAAAAAAAGUAAAAACUAAUGGUGAACAAAAAGAUGCUUUAGAUAAACCGAAAAUAUCAAAACGGGGUCGAAAAAAUAAAAAUGAAAUUUCGGAAGAACCACUUAAUUGCACUCCACCUAAUGACAAUGAUGUGGAAGAUAAAACUGAUAUUAUACUUCCCGACACUCCCGAGUCAGAUAAAACUGACAUCAAGCCUAUGGUGAAGCGCAAAACUAAAGCUAAGCUUGCUAAAAAGUAAAUAUUAAAUUAAAAAAUAAGAUCAUUUUUUAAAUGUUAAUUA